GCCGGGAGUCACUUGCGACUCAGCCUCCGGAAGAAGCGCGGCAGCGAUCGUCGUCGCACUGGAAAGUCGAGUCGAAAAAGGAAUUCCGAGAAGAAUGAAGAUGCGUCUGCUGUUGGCUUCUGUCGCGCUGCUGUGGCUGAGCGCGGCGGCGUCGGCGGAGGAGACGGUCGAGGUGCAGCUCCAGCAGGGCGCCAUCGUGGGCUCGAGGUCCGAGGUCAAGGGCGGCAGGGCCUUCUACGGCUUCUUGGGCAUUCCCUUCGCCCAGCCUCCGGUCGGGGCGCUCAGGUUCAAGGAUCCCGUGGCCGCCGGGGCGUGGGAGGGCGUGAGGAACGGCACUGUGGCUCCGCCCUUGUGCCCGCAGCCAGACGCGCCCUCGGACUGGACGCACGAGGAAUGCCUCUACCUCUCCGUGUACACGCCGCAGCCCAACCGGACCGACCUCCCCGUGAUGGUGGCUUCCCAAGGAGGCUUCAUCAGCGACGUGACGCCCCUGUUCCAGCCGGAGUUCCUCCUGGCGAAGGACGUGGUCCUCGUCGUCCUGCAGCACCGCCUCGGCGUCCUGGGAUUCCUGUCGACCGAGGACUCCGAGCUCCCUGGCAACCUGGGGCUGAAGGACCAGGCGCUGGCCCUUCGCUGGGUGCAGGACAACAUCCGCGUCGGCGGCGACCCAGACAAGGUCACCAUCUUCGGCCAAAACGCGGGUGGUGCGGCAGUGCACUACCACAUGCUGUCUCCCAUGUCCAGUGGCCUGUUCCAGCAAGCUAUCAUGCAGUCGGGGGCGGCGCUGUGUCCCUGGGCGCUUCGGGAAGACCACCGACAGGUGGCCUUCAGCUUCGGCCGCAUGGUGGGCUGUUCGGGCGAGCGCGGGGGCAACAGCACUGCGCUCGUCGACUGCCUUAGGGAGGUCCCCAUCGAGCAGCUGAUGGCCGUGCUGCCCUACAUCAUGCCCUCCCCGUAUGUCCUAACGCCCCGCGUGGACGGCGAGUUCCUGCCCGACCACCCCGCCACGCUGGUCAGGGAGGGCCGCUACAACCGCGUCGACGUCCUGUCCGGGGUCACGCGGGACGAAGGUGCUCUCAACGCCAGAGCGUUCGUGGAGGACGGCGUCGUGGACAGCAUGAUCCAGAACUUCAGCCUCGUGGGUCCCCCCGCCCUCGGCUUCGAGGCCUGGGACGACGACCCCGAGUACCUGGCCCGCCUGGCCUUCCACAGGUACCUGGGGCCUAUGGAGUUCGACCUGACCAAGAUCGAUCCUCUCGUCAAGCUCCUCGGCGACAGCUUCUACAGCAUGUGCAAUGUGGAGACCAUCGUGCACCAUGCACGCGACGCCGCCUUCGGCUACCGCGUCUUCGCCUACGAGCUGCAGCACCGCGGGGAGCACGCCUUCUCCGACCUGUUCAGGGGACCCUCGCCCGCCUGGAACCUGGCCUACGUGGGUGACUCGGAUGACCUGCAGUACCUUUUCUCCUUCGAUAAGCUCAACAUCAGUCUGAGCAAGGACGAGGACCUCUUCGUGUCUCGGAUCAUGGUGGAUCUCUGGACCAACUUUGCCGCCACCGGGAACCCGACGCCCGACCUGUCCCUGGGCUUUAAGUGGACGCCGACCGAGGCCUCGAGCCUCUCCUACCUCGGCAUCACCUCCGCCCCCGCCAUGAAGGCCUACGCCAGGGAUCAGGACAUCGAAUUCUGGAGGAAUCUGCCGAGGAAGAUGAACAAGUUGCUGUACCCGGACCGCUUCUCCAAGGACCAGAAUUAGGACGCCAGGAUGAAAGAGCCUCGGUUGCUUAUCGCUUGAAUAAUUAGCAUAUAUCAAGCAUG